AUGGGCAGCCGGCAGGUGCUGUCCCCGGCGGAGUCCCACGCAUCACCUCCGGAGGAUGCGGAGAGCCGGGAUCCGGGGGAGGCUGCGGCGGCAGCCCGGGCGGCACCUGCCACCGGCCUGCCCACCCUCCAGCCGCCGACACUCGAGGAACCGCCCCCUCCACCCGCGGCCGCCGGCGAGCCGCUCGUGCGCGCGCGCACGGGUCCCCUCCUCCCUCCCUCCACCGGACCGGCUGCGCAUGCUCAGUCUCCCCCUUCCCGCGACCCGCCGCCCUCGGACACCCGGCGGGCCCCGGAGUCCUCCUCCCUCCCCUCCCCGCGCGGAGCUCGCGAGGCCGACGGCGCCGGGAGCCACCGCAGUGGGGCGGGGAGAAGCGCAGUUGCGUCACUAGCGCCACCGCCGGCUCCGCUGCUGAUUGGAUGCUGCGAGGACCCGCCCCCGCACUCCCCGCCCCUCACCCGGGCGCGCGCUCUGGGAGCCGCAGCCCUUGACCCGAGGCGCUCCGGGCGUGCGGAGUGGCCGUGGGCGCUGAAGACGGAGCUUGAAGGGCCACCCCGGCCUAGGACGGGGGAGCAAAGGGUACCGGACUUCCUGAGACGCUUUCUGCGGUAG